AUGUCAAAUAAACGACAGUUGACGUUGGUCGAUUUCAUGUCAUCGAGAUCAAAAAAAACUACAAAUGUCCAGACCAGAAGUGUAGAAAUACCUGAAAAUAGUGCCACAAAUGUGGAUAACACUAUAAAUGAAGAUAUUUUGAAUAUUCCAAAAUCUGAAAAUAAUCACAACAAAGUAGUAAAAGAAAAUAGAGAAUACAUAAAAUGUUUAUUGGAAACUCUUCUAUACUGUGCUUACCAAGGUAUCCCAAUUCGAGGGCAUAGAGAAAAUGAAGAUUCUGAAAACAUGGGAAAUUUUUUAGAACUGAUGAAGUUACGAGCAAAAGAUAAUAAUAUCUUGGAUCGUUACUUUUUACAAAAAGAGAAAUCUUUCAGAUAUGUGACUGGUACACAUACUAAUGAAUUUAUUAGUUUAAUGGCUGCGUUUGUAACAAAAAGCAUAAUCAAGGACAUACAAUUGGCUGGUAUUUAUAGUAUAUUAAUUGAUGAAACACAGGAUCUCGCUAGGCACGAACAAGUAUCAUUCAUCAUACGUUAUGUUGAUGGUAAUUUAAACCCCCAUGAAGUUUUCAUAGGAUUUUAUAGAACAGCCAGAACUGAUGGUGAGUGUUUGACUAAUUUAAUAAAAGUAGUGCUCAAUAGUUAUAAUCUUAGAAUUGAAGAUUUAAGAGGUCAAUGUUAUGACGGUGCAGCUUCUAUGAGAGGGUCUUAUAAUGGUGUUCAAGCCAAAAUACGAACUGAAAAUCCAUUAGCAUUUUAUGUUCAUUGCCAUGCACACAUUCUAAAUCUUUGUUUGGUUGAUUUGGCUAAACAAGUUUCAUAUGUGAGAAAUACAUUUGGGACAUUAAAGACUUUGCAUAGCUUUAUUGGUGCCUCUUCUAAAAGAUAUCAAAUAUUUGAGCAAAUACGGACUAAAAUGGGCGAUAAAAUUGGACCAAAAACUUUAAAAAGUUUGAGUGACACGAGAUGGAGUUGUAGGAUAGAUGCAUUAGACUCAGUUGUAUCCAAUUUUACAGUCAUUCUCAAAACUCUAGAAGACAUAUCAGAACAAGAUUCAAUAAAUGGAUCUGAUGCUUCUUCGUUGCUUUUUUCUAUAUCAAACUUUGAAUUUGUGUUCUGCAUAGUUUUUUUAAAUGACGUGAUGCGAGAAACUAAUAUCUUGUCAAAGUAUUUGCAAUCCCCUAAUAUUAAUUAUGCAAAUGUAAAUACAAUGACACUUCAAACAGUAGCUAUUUUAAGUGAGCAUAGAUCAGUUACAGAAUUCGAUAAAACUUGGAACAAAGCUAUGGAAAUAACAAAAAAAAACAAUAUUAGCUCUCCAAAACUUCCCAGAAAAAGAACUAUUCCACUAAAAUUGGGAGGAGAUAUUGUAAUAAAAGAAAUACAAGACAGAUUUAAAGAAAACGAUCUUAAUAUACUACAAGCUAUGAAGGAUGUUAUUAUCAGUGAAAAACCGGAAAAUAAUUCAAUAAAAUUAGUAUGUGAAACAUAUAACUUAGAUUUUAAUGAAGUCACUAUUGAGCUUGCUAUGUUUAAUCGAAUGUUCAAGACAAAGUAUGAUGAGUUUAACAUCGAUAAUAAAAUAGCAUAUUUGUUAUGUGGUGAUAUACAAAUAGGAUUUACAAACUACACAAAAAUUAUAAAAAUAUUUUUGACUAUACCAACAAAUACUUCCUCUUGUGAAAGAACAUUUUCCUGCUUAAAACGCCUAAAAAGUUACUUAAGAACCAGCAUGGGACAAGAGCGCUUAAGCGGGUUAGCAUUAUUACAAAUUCAAAGAGAAGUGCCAAUAGAUUUUGACAAAGUAAUUGAUGAAUUUGUUUCGAAUGGAGUAGGAGAUAAAUCAAUUUUUAGAAGAAAAGAAAAAAUAAUUUUGAAAAGAGAAGUAGCAAUCACCAAUCUUCAAAUACAAGCUGCAAAAAUGUUGCGAACUUCAAAACAAAAGUUUCAGCCGGCUAAUGUUGGAGAAACUGUCUGUAUUCGAGUUCUAAAUGUUGAUAGUAGUAAAAUGGAUCCCCAAAAUAUUUUAGCUGUAGUAUUAGAUAUAGUAGAUAAUGAUUUUUAUAAAUUAGCUACCAAAAACGGUGUUAUAAAUCGAUUAUACACCAGAAACCAGUUUUCAGUGUGUAGAGAAAAUUUAAUAUCAAUCACUGAUGUACAAAGGGAUGUACAAAUUUCUUUAAGGGAAGCUUCUACAUCAAAUUCAUAG